AUGACUGUCUGGCCAGACGAUGGUCAGGGCGCCCCCAUCCCUCCAGUAGCUCUGGCCAUGACGAAUUGGAUAGAGGCUGCUUUCUACGGUAUAUAUACGGCUUUAUUCUUUCAAUACAUCAUCAAUCGGUUCGAGUAUGGCAUCGGAUCGGCGGUCCCAGGCAAGGUUCGUCAUCCACAGGUGUACUUCGUUGUCACGGUCCUCAUGUACAUCAAUGGGACCGCAUUCUCCGCGCUCUCCGUUUAUGUCAAUACGACUCUCACCAACUUUGAGGCCGUCCACACCGUCUCGCCCGCAACCGGAAAGGCAUCACUUGCAGCGGGCAUCCUGACGUACAUUCAGCUGUGGCUGGGGGACCUUCUCAUCGUAUACAGAGCGCACCUGAUCUGGGAUCACGACUGGCGAGUCACCGCCGUGCCAUGGCUCACUUUACUUGCAGCCUUCAUUCUGCUAUUCACCUCGGCAACGUCCCAAGACAUUCGCCAAAUCAGCGCCGCACUCUUUCUCGCCGUCGCACAGAACGUAAUCACCAGCGGGCUCCUCGUCUACCGCCUCGUAUCACAACACUCCGGGUCCUCUCGGGCGGGAUUGCAUCGGUUCUCGCGACAAAGUGGUACCCUCAUUCGCAUGGCCUACAUAAUUUCAGAGUCUGCGGCGAUGUACCUCGUCGUGCUCGUUAUCUACACAAUCCUUUUCCAGCUCAGGCACUUCGCCGUAAUCUAUCUGCAGGUCAUGCUCUCGUCGGUGGCAGGCAUAGUCCUGCUCGCGAUAUCCGUUCGAUUCGCAGGCAUGAAGACUGGCUCUGCCGGUGGUCCCUCCAUGACCUGGCAACCGCCUUCAGAAUGGCGCAUCAGCGUCCAGUUCGCCCCCGCCGCCGCCGACUCAAGAUCAGCACAUGAAGAGACGGUGGACGAGGAGGGCGAACGAUGCAUAGAGAUGCAGCACCCGAGCUUCAACACCAAGGAGGAGAGCAAGAGGAGCUCACCCAUAACCCCACCGUCUGCUACUGGGAUACGUGCGGCUGCGCAGCCUUCUCGAGGAACACCAGACCAUACCCGGCGACGGUGUUACGGCAGCGGAGCCGUCCACAUUGCUCUGACAGGUCCUUUCCUCCAUCAGCAGCCUUCCAUAGUAGCCAGCGCAAUUCAGCAGCAGUUCUUGUGCGUAACCGCCAUGGUCGCCCUUGCAGGCGCCGGUGGGGGUGGAACCGUUACGCCUGCUGCGACGUUGCUGCUUGCAAGUUGGGUAGAGGUCCAUUUCGUCGUCACGAUCUUUAUGUAUCUGAACGGAACUGCUUGCUCUGUUCUCUCCAUCUUUAAAACCUUGGUCAAGUUGAAGGCCAUCGAUGGCCACCCGGAUUCAUCCGCCAGCGAAGAAGCCGAAUUUGCAGCGGCUACGAUGACCUUUGCUCAGGUGGUACUCGGGGAUUUCCUCACUGACUCAUACGGUCUGGAAUGGCGACUGGCGUGUGUCUUCCCUGCCUUGGCUAAUGGUCUUGGCGAACUUUGCGCAUCGCUGUUCAUAGCUGUCGCGCAGAACAUUCUUACAACAGGACUCGUCGUCUAUCGCCUUGGGAUGCAGCAUUCGGAAUCCUCCCGAGCAAAUCUCCAUCGAUUCUCAAGGAGAAAUGGCGCCCUCAUACGCAUAGCGUAUAUUAUAUCGGAGAGUGCUGCCGUAUAUCUGGCGGCGCUCGUCCUCUAUACCGUCUUCUACCACAUUAAGCAUCCGGGGCUGCUGGAGCUGAUCCUAUCGUCCGUCAUAGGAAUCGUACUCCUGGUGAUCUCCGUCCGCGUCGCUGGGAUGAAGUCCGGUUCUGCUGGCGCCGGAGGACCAUCCAUGACCUGGGCAACUCCAACGGAAUGGCGCAUCAGCGUACAAUUCGCACCCCCUGUAGACUCCUCCGGGUCCGCGCACGAGGAUACCCAGGCUGAAGGGGUCCCUUACGAAGCUGAGAUACAGCUUCCGAGGGCAGGUAGUAAGGAGGGCACGAAGUAA